AUGGAGAAUGAAAGGGGGAAUAAUUACUGGGGCACGCUGAUUAACCCGGACAAGAGUCCCGCGCCGUUACUUGAGCAGCUUUGUGUUGGGCUUGCGCAGCUGAUGGUCAAACUUGACUCCGGCAGUGGUUCAUCGGAUCUUACUCCAGACAAGCUUGCUCGCUUUUACCGCCAAGUAGGUGCGAACUACGACACUCUCUUCUUACACACCAAAGGCCCUGCGCUAUCUUUCAUAUAUCAGUCGCUCGGUUGUUUUCAUACCCUGCAGCCAACGACGAACCCUUUUGAACCGCCCUCGAUACCCGCCUUGUUACCGACGGGCUUUGUUAGGUGGCAAGUUAUCAAUCUCCUGCUGUGCCCGGAUGAGCACGCACAAUACCUUCAAGCCGCCCUCGGUCGCUGGGACGUUCCAAAUCCAAGUACUGGCGGCACUUUUCCAAAAGUCAUCCCUCGCGAUGCCUUUCCUGAAGCUCCGGAUAAAGAUAUGGUGCAGUGGCACGAGAUAGUGAGCCAGAGACUCGAGAAGGAACAUUCGUCAUCGUCCUCGUCCCGUCGUCACUUUCCCGCCGAAUUCGUUCGAUAUUACCCCGCUGCUAAAUAUCCAAAUUAUCCCGAGGGAGGCCAACACUUUUUCCAGAGGGAGAAUAAUAACAACAACCAUCGUUCCCACGAAGCCAGCUCAACGCCAAUGCCGCGAGCGUUUUUUGAUGAUCAACCUGACGAUGCUCGUCGUUAUCGGAGGUAUCGAAGUUCUGACGGGAGGCCUCGACGCCGGCGGAUGUUCGCCAACGGCUCAGAUGGACGUGCUGAUUCCCGCGCGAGCUCUCGAAACCCGUCGCCAAGACAAACAGUCUCUCCAGCUUCGACAGCGCGAGCUCCAAUGCGGUCAAAAACAACGCGUGUUCGUAACCGAGAGUCUCCCGAGCGGAAAUCGUUUUAUCACCGGCAUCAUCAUCAUCAACCCAUGCACUCGUCUGAUUCUUCAAAUAAUGAUGAUGGGCUUUUCCCACAGCGGAGAUAUGGCUCUACUGGUGAUCAGCAAGAUGGGCGCCCCUCGCACCUUUCUCAAGGUCGGGGUAGAAGACUGCCACGGCGCCAUUCGCACGACGCUACUGCCUCUACAUAUACCAAAGGUGGUGGUCGGAAUGAGGAGGAACCCGAUGUCGUGUAUAGCUAUAAGCCAGUCCGCAAUUCGCAUAGAGAUCGCCGAUACGGGGACCCCGGUGUCAAGUUUCACGUAAGAUACGAUGAAUCGCCGCCCGAUCAUCAUGGAUCGAGCGUUUCGGAUCGGCCUCGGUCGUCAAGCAAUGGCAGUAGUGAAACGGCAUGGAAGGGGUGGAAGGGUUCAAGCCGUACAACUGGGAGGAGGGUGUCUGCCCACGAAUGA